GCCACCAGGGGGCGGAGGCCGAGCCGACAGGAGGACAUUGAGCCAGAUUAUGAGGACAUUGAGCUGGAUAACCUGGUGUUCCUGCAGAAGAGGAAGGAGCUCAGAGAGCAGAGUAGUACCUCCAAAGACCUCCUCACACAGUUCCUCCAUGAGGGGAAACACAGAGAGCUGAGGCGGGUUGUGGAGCCUCUUGUCCCGGGUCGGAGGCUGCUGGAGGCGGCUGCGGGGAUCAGAGCUCCGAUAAACAGGGGCCUGGCCCAGCUGGAGAUCCUGUGUAAGCAGCUGUACGAGACCACGGACUCGGCGGUGCGUCUGCAGGCAGAGAAAGCUCUGGUGGAAUUCACCAACAGCCCCGACUGCCUGAGCAAGUGCCAGCUGCUGCUGGAGAGAGGCAGCUCUUCGUACUCUCAGCUCCUCGCGGCCACGUGUUUGUCUAAACUGGUUUCUCGAACCAGCAACCCUCUCCCGCUCGAGCAGCGCAUCGACAUCCGGAACUAUGUUCUGAACUACCUGGCGACGCGCCCUAAGCUGGCAGCGUUUGUGACUCAGGCUCUGAUCCAGCUGUACGCCCGCAUUACCAAGCUGGGCUGGUUCGACUGCCAGAAGGAAGACUACGUGUUCAGGAACGUCAUCGCAGACGUGACUCGCUUCCUACAGGACAGCGUGGAGCACUGCAUCAUCGGAGUCACCAUCCUGUCCCAGCUCACCAACGAGAUCAACCAGGCGGACACGACUCACCCUCUGACCAAACACAGGAAGAUCGCCUCGUCCUUCAGAGACUCGUCGCUCUUCGACAUCUUCACGCUCUCCUGUAACCUCCUCAAACAGGCGUCGGGGAAGAACCUGAACCUGAACGAUGAGUCUCAGCACGGCCUCCUCAUGCAGCUGCUGAAGCUCAGCUACAACUGCCUCAACUACGACUUCAUAGGAACGUCUACGGACGAAUCCUCCGAUGACCUGUGCACCGUUCAGAUCCCCACCUCCUGGAGAUCAGCGUUUCUUGAUUCCUCCACACUGCAGCUUUUCAAUUUAUAUCAUUCCAUCCCUCCGUCCCUUUCCCCGUUGGUGUUGUCCUGUUUAGUUCAGAUAGCCUCUGUGCGGCGCUCUCUCUUCAACAAUGCGGAGCGAGCGAAGUUCCUCUCUCACCUGGUGGACGGAGUGAAGAGGAUCCUGGUGAACCCACAGUGUUUGCCAGACCCGAAUAACUACCACGAGUUCUGCCGGCUGCUGGCGAGGCUGAAGAGCAACUAUCAGCUGGGGGAACUGGUCAAAGUGGAAAACUACCCGGAGGUGAUCCGCCUCAUCGCUAACUUCACCGUCACCAGUCUGCAGCACUGGGAGUUUGCCCCCAACAGUGUUCACUACCUGCUGAGUUUAUGGCAGCGUCUGGCCGCCUCCGUGCCGUACGUUAAAGCCACCGAGCCUCACCUGCUGGAGACCUACACACCUGAGGUCACCAAGGCUUACAUCACGUCACGGCUGGAGUCCGUGCACGUCAUCCUCAGAGAUGGGCUGGAGGACCCUCUGGACGACGCGGGGCUCGUGCAGCAGCAGCUCGACCAGCUGUCCACCAUCGGGCGCUGUGAGUACGAGAAGACGUGCGCGCUGCUGGUGCAGCUGUUCGACCAGGCGGCACAGAGCUACCAGGAACUGCUGCAGAGCACCAACUCCAGCGCCGCGGAUAUCACCGUGCAGGAGGGUCGGUUGACGUGGUUGGUUUACAUCAUCGGGGCGGUGAUCGGGGGGCGAGUGUCGUUCGCCAGCACAGACGAGCAGGACGCCAUGGACGGAGAGUUAGUCUGUCGGGUGCUGCAGCUGAUGAACCUGACGGACUCUCGACUCGCUCAGGCGGGAAACGAGCGGCUGGAGCUCGCCAUGCUCAGCUUCUUCGAGCAGUUCAGGAAGAUCUACAUCGGAGACCAGGUGCAGAAAUCAUCAAAGCUUUAUCGACGACUAUCAGAAGUUCUGGGUCUGAACGACGAGACCAUGGUACUCAGUGUCUUUAUAGGGAAAAUCAUCACAAACUUGAAGUACUGGGGCCAGUGUGAACCAAUCACCUCCAAGACACUCCAACUACUGAACGACCUCUCCUUAGGGUACAGCAGCGUGAGGAAGCUGGUGAAGCUCAGCGCCGUGCAGUUCAUGUUGAACAACCACACUAGUGAACACUUCUCCUUCCUCGGGGUGAACAACCAAUCCAAUCUGAGCGACAUGAGGUGUCGGACCACCUUCUACACGGCUUUGGGACGCCUGCUAAUGGUGGACCUAGGUGAGGACGAGGAUCAGUUUGAGCAGUUCAUGCUUCCUCUGACGGCCGCGUUUGAAACUGUGGCUCAGAUGCUGAGCACAAACACCUUCAACGAGCAGGAGGCCAAGAGGACUCUGGUGGGUUUGGUUCGAGACCUGCGAGGAAUCGCCUUCGCCUUCAACGCCAAAACCAGCUUCAUGAUGCUCUUCGACUGGAUGUAUCCGGCCUACAUGCCCAUCCUGCAGAGAGCCAUCGAGCUGUGGUACCACGACCCAGCAUGCACCACUCCCGUCCUCAAGCUCAUGGCAGAGCUGGUGCACAACAGGUCUCAGAGGCUACAGUUUGACGUGUCGUCGCCGAACGGCAUCCUGCUGUUCAGAGAAACCAGCAAGAUGAUCACCACAUACGGGAACCGCAUCCUGACGCUGGGCGAGGUUCCUAAAGACCAGGUGUACGGCGUGAAGCUGAAAGGAGUCAGCGUCUGCUUCGCCAUGCUGAAGGCCGUCCUCAGCGGGAACUACGUCAACUUCGGGGUCUUCAGACUCUAUGGAGACGACGCGCUGGACAACGCUCUGCAGACCUUCAUCAAGCUGCUGCUGUCCAUCCCACACAGCGACCUGCUCGACUACCCGAAGCUGAGUCAGUCGUUCUACUCUCUGCUGGAGGUCCUGACUCAGGAUCACAUGAACUUCAUCGCCAGCCUGGAGCCACACGUCGUCAUGUACAUCCUGUCCUCCAUCAGUGAGGGGCUCACUGCACUGGAUACGAUGGUGUGUACGGGCUGCUGCUCCAGUCUGGAUCACAUCGUCACGUAUCUCUUCAAGCAGCUCUCGCGCUCCACCAAGAAACGCCCGACCCCCAUGGCCACGGACGAUCGAUUCCUGCACAUCAUGCAGCAGCACCCCGAGAUGAUCCAGCAGAUGUUGUCCACGGUGUUGAACAUCAUCAUCUUCGAGGACUGUAGGAACCAGUGGUCCAUGUCCCGCCCCCUGCUGGGCCUCAUCCUGCUCAACGAGAAG